UUAAGAGCUUGAGGUUACAUAUUUUGCAGUACGUCGAGUCGACGAAGCCGUUGACAAUCGGCUUAACGAGCUAUUUGGGUUAUUGGCUCUAUGUUAUGUUAUUGAAGAUAUAUUAACAAAUGACAAUGGUUCGGCCACCGGCUGUUAUUAUUGUUGUCAGGUAAGAGAUCUCUAAGGCUCAAACUCCAUAUUCCUGCAAAGGUUUUUGUCCUGCUGCUCUACUGAACCAAUAUUGAUCAAGACUGUUCUGUUUAUUGCUCCGCGAGAACCCCCUUCGGUGGCACUAAUAUCUAAUUUCUUCAUAGGCAUGGUGCUCGCCUCGACCAAGCAGAUAGUCAAUGGUACUUGACAACCCCGACUCCAUACGAUCCGCCUCUCACAUAUGGUGGCUGGACACAAUCAAGAUCCCUCGGAGCUCGUAUAGCGAAUAUCUUACGAAGUCGCGAAACAGAUGAUGACUUUAUUGCUAGUGAGGAUCAAAAUGGACGGAAAUACAGGAAAAGGAGGCAUAAAGUGAUUAUACACACAUCCCCAUUUUUGCGCUGCGUCCAGACAUCAGUUGCUAUAAGUGCUGGCCUUGCCCAAAAUCCUGGUCACACACAUCAUUCUCAACGGUCUUCUUCCGCACAAUCCCAGCACAAAAGUUUACAGAUGCAUUCUUCUCCCAGAGUGCGUCCUACACAAUCAACAGACUCGCCCAGACUAGCCCCACUCAUGGAGAGUACAACUAUCCCGCCUUCAAGUAGCCAAAUUAUUGGACAAACGGGCAAUAUUAGGAAAUCAAUGAUACGGGUUGAUGCAUUCCUUGGUGAAUGGUUGGCCCCGGAUUAUUUCGAGGAUAUUACUCCGCCUCCAAGUUCUAUUAUGAUGGUAGCUGGUGCCAAAGCGGACUUAUUACGAAGAGAGGACUACAAUAGCUUGAUACAUGUGCGAGAUUUCUCUGCGCAAGGUUCAUUCCAACCAUUUCCAGGUGGAUGGGGAAGUCCGAUCACAACCGACAAGAAGGAAUUCCCAUCAGUCUCGAAUUUGAACCAUGCGCUACCUAGAAGGGAUCGGACCAGCAGUCUGAGUAGUGUGGGAAGCAAUGGAAGUCGUCAAAAUUUAAAGGGUGACAGUCAUCUGCUCACGCCUGAGCACGAUAUUUAUCACCCACCGGUGCCAAGUUAUGCAAUUUCUACAUCCGAUCCUAUACCACCUGGAUAUGCCACGCACGCAAGAGAUGCAUGUGUUGACGUUGAUUAUCAAUGGGAUAGUAUGCGGGAGCCUCUGAAUUGGGGAAGUGGUGGUGAAUAUGGUGAAGAAUGGCCCUCGAUGCAUAAAAGAUUUCGGAAAGGUCUGCAGAACAUGUUGGGUUGGUACAGCAGUAAUGAAAACCCUGGGGAGAUAAUAACGAAGACUCCUUCCAGUCCAGAGCUUGAAAAGCAAUUUUCCAUUGAUGACAGUCAUGAAGAAGAAGAUACGGAUCUCGUUCUUAUCCUUGUCACCCAUGGCGCUGGAUGCAAUGCCCUCAUUGGGGCCUUGACUAACCAACCUCUUUUAAUGGACGUUGGAAUGGCAUCGUUAACCAUGGCAGUCCGAAAACCCACCCCUGAGAAUACACCUGCCUCGACCCCUGGUGCAACUCCCAAAUCGCAUUCUCGCACAAAUUCCAAAAAUCUAUCCAUGGCAGACGAGUAUGAUCUAAAGCUCUUAGCAAAUACAGAACAUCUACGCUCCAGCCCCAACAGUACUUCUUCAUCCCAAACUCCGUCUAUCACAAAUCAAUCCACAUUCCGCGAUCGUCAGCCUACCGACCCAAAUCGUUCCACUACCGUGAACUCCAGUUUGGGCAGUAUCAGGAGAACAGCAAGUAUAGCAAGCUCCCAACCUCGCAGCUAUACAACGGCUAGACAACCAUCAAUCGGGCUAUGGAGCGCUACUCCUCCGCCCAGAGAGUCUGUCGAUGAGAAUGACGACACGGAUGCUGAUAGCAUGAUGUUGAACUUCGGAGACGAUGGUGCACAUGCGAACGCAUCAAUUCAGUCGACUGCCGAAGAAGAAAACAAAGCAGCUGUUGUGAAAAACAAGGAGAUAGAAACAAGUGCGCUAGAGGAAGAUGAAGUUGCUCCCUUAGGCUUAUGGGGUUCACCAAGAUUGACGGCUAGUUCAGGUCCAGCCGUAGAUUUGGACAAGUCGGGCCAUACGCCAAAGAGAAGGUGGACGGUCAACGAAAGGGGGUGAAAGUGAACUUCCGCGGGCUUCAAUGAUCCGGAUCAUGGGCCGGAAGGCAAGAAGACAUGGAGGAAAAUGAACCUGGAAUUUAGUACAAAAAUGUAUGGAUGGAAGUAUUCUUUUGGAUGCAUGCAUAGAUGAAUGGAUGGAUGGAUGAAUAGACCUUUUUGAGUUGAACCAAUUGAUCAUUUCAUUUGAGCGGCAGCGUGGGCGUAUGGUUUUGGGACUCGAUCUGUAAAAGGUUCUGGACGGAACAAAUCAAAAGUGUGCCCAAGGAUAUGAUACAUAGCAUGGUAUGCUCAGGCGAACUGCUAUGGUUUCAAGUCUCUUGCGAGGAACCUGAGGGAUAAUAGCAUGGAAACACUGAUCUGGAUGGUUCUGAGUUACUGCAUAUAUUAGGAUAGGGUCACUUGCAUGGUGGCUAUAUUUAUCUCAUACCAUACCCAGAUGUUAUUCCACUCAAACUAUUAUCAUUAUCAUUAUUACUAUUCCUAUGUGAAACUGCGGAGAUGAAUGCCCAGAUGCCAUUGCCAUGACACGAUUAUCUAUGUCUC